GAAUCUGGUCAACAGGCUCAGUCAACCAACCAAUACUCGCCACAAUCAAACAAACGUUUCCAAAUCUGGGAAAAAUAUCAAGUUUUAAAUUUUUGUUAAAGUUGUUCCCUUUGUGCAUUUUAUUUCGUCGAAGAGCAGGCCGACUGGGCGCAAUGAUACUUAUACGGGGCAAGUACGAGACCGCCCAGCUGGGUGCUGCGAUUAUGGGCUACGUGACUCUGUUCCUGUGCGGCUGCAAUGUGAUAAGCUUCCAUUAUGUGCCUGAUCUUCCCACCGUCCUGUUCCUGUACGCUUUGGUGCUGCUGUCCCACCACUUGCGCGUGGUGUUCUUGAAGCCAGUGCAGAAUACCUGGCAGUUCCUCCUGGAGCUUGGCGGAGCCUACAUCAUCAGCCAGUUUGCCAUGCUGGUCAUAUGGGAGUCGUUCUACACAAUGCUGGACCUCUGCCGGAUUUCGCUCGAGUCCACAAGAUAUUUCCAACAAAUCUUCCACUUCUCACCGGAAUUGUUCUUCCAUCUCCGACACGACCCCAUUUACUUGUUCAAGUUGAUCGUCGCCUUUUUUAUGGCCUUUAAGAUGACCCGUUUAACCAAAGCAGAUGAAUAUUCCAAUCCCCGCCUGCGAACUAUGAGCUACUAUGAGGACCAAAAUAUGAUACAGUUUUUCCAGAAUGCUAUCAAGAAGAAGAAGACGCAGCCCAAUCGUUCCAAGGCCACGUCGCGUGCUAAUCCCCGAUCAAGAAACGCCACUCCAGCCAACAGGGGUAGGAAUCGGAGACGUUAGA